GUUAUGGUUCGCUAUAUUUAGUCAGCUUUAUGAAUGUUUCAUAGAAAAUUAGUUUUGUUUUAUUAUAUGUUUGUACAUAGAUAUAGAUACAUUUUACCACAAUAAACAUUUCCACACUAAAUGAAACUCCAGUUAAUUAUUAUUUUAGAUGAAGUUGGAGCGUUGGUUUUUGAUAUUGGACACAAUAGUGUUCGAGCUGGAUACGCAGGUGAAGAUAGUCCCAAAGUGGACAUACCUACAACAGUGGGUGUUUGGCUGGACUCAGAAGAUGAAGUCUCAGUUCCUGUUACACACUAUAACAUUGGACUAUGUGCAAUACAUGUUUGGAGACCAGAAAUGGAGUUGAGUACAUUUCUAAAAGAUGGCAUGGUUGAAAAUUGGGACAUGUUUGAAAAUUUCUUGGACUAUAUUUACUAUUCCGCCCUACGAGCUGUCCCUAGAGACCACCCAAUUCUUUUAACGGAACCUCCCUGGAUAACUACCCCUAAAAGAGAAGAAAUGGCUGAAUUAAUGUUCGAGAAAUACGGCGUUCCUGCAGCAUAUUUGGCCAAAAACGCAAGCUUAGCUGCUUUUGCUAAUGGAAGGCCCACCUGCUUAGUAUUGGAUAGUGGGGCCACACAUACUUCAGCUGUUCCCGUUCAUGAUGGCUAUGUAUUAACUCAAGCGGUUGUAAAAUCUCCCGUUGGAGGCGACUACUUAAGUGAACAAUGCAGAAUAUAUUUGCAAGAAAGAGGCGUGGAGUUAGUACCGCCCAGCUUUGUCGCUUCGAAAGAAGUAGGAAGAGCGGAGGAAGCUCCAAACUGGCAAAGACGGGACGUUCCUUACAAUUUAACGGAUUCGUGGUUUGCCUAUAUGAUAAAGGAAGUGAUGCAGGACUUCCAGGCAACCAUUCUUCAAGUUGCCGACAGCUCAUAUGAUGAAGAUAUUGUAAAAACAAUGCCAACCACUCACUACGAGUUUCCUAAUGGGUUUCACAAAGACUUUGCUAUAGAAAGGUUUAAAAUUCCUGAGCCCCUCUUCAAUCCUUCAAAUGGGGCGAAAGCUGGUAUUCAACCCAUUUUGGGAGUAGGAUCUUUAGUUACGACUAGUGUGGGAAUGUGUGAUAUCGAUAUCCGACCGUCUAUGUAUGGAAAUGUUGUUGUAACGGGAGGAAAUUCUAGUCUUCAGGGUUUUACCGAAAGACUAACCAGAGACCUUGCCGCAAAAACACCACCUAGCAUGCGAUUAAAAGUAAUUAGUGCACCAGGAGCAACAGAACGAAGAUUCGGGGCUUGGACGGGAGGUUCUAUUUUAAGUUCACUAGGGUCUUUUCAACAAAUGUGGGUAUCCAAGCAAGAAUAUGAGGAGGGGGGCAAAGCUGUAGUGCAAACAAAAUGUUUUUAGAUCAGUUGCAAACAGUCAGUAAAUUUGAACAAAUUGUACAACCACAAUUUGUUCAAUUUUAUUUUUUCUGACAAUAACUAUUUGUUUGUAUUUUCUCGAAUUAGCCGCAAUUCUUGUUUCAUUCUGUAUAUGUUUGAUUUUUUUUGAUGAUCUAUUGUAGAUUUGAAGCAAGCCAGUAUUUGUUUAGUUUAUGUAUUUUACUAGUAUUUUUAUUAGUAUGUUUAUGUAUUUUAAAAGGGUAUUUAUGAAUUGUGCAAUUUUGUUUUUGACUAGUAAUGCCUUUCAGGUAUCGUUUCCUUCUAAGUAUUAACAUAAUAAGACGUAUCUCGUAUGCCUUUGUUACGUUGACUGAUCGCAUUUACGUGAGAGAUAUUAAGCAUAUAUACAAUCUAAAUAACACCACUUAGUAGACUUAAACGACAUAUUUGCCAAAUUAUGUGCCACUUUUAUAUAAGGAUGCAUUAGCUACUUCGUCAUUAUUUAUUACAUCAUUAUCAUAGAAAGCGAUGUAAUUUACAUAAUCGUUAAAUCGCUUGUAUUUAUUCGUUUUGACUUUAAUGUUAAUCUAAGCUUUUCUAUUUUUUGUUUUGCAUCGGUUUUAAUACGUUGUUGUUUAUAUUUUUUAUCGACAAACAAAAUCAACUUGAUAGGUUAGCAAUGUUUUAAAUUAAAACUAGUCUCUCAAAUAUUAAUACUCGGAUUGAAUAUGUCCAGAUCUCAAAAUUUUUUUUGUUGUGUGAUAUUUUUAAUCUACGGUAAAUUAAGGUUCCUAUUUUUUGAACUUGCCAUAUUUUUUAAUCUAGGUAUGAAUGUAAUUCGGUAUGUGCCAAUAAAGAAAUUAAUAAAAA